UAAAAUUUGUUUUGAAAGAAAAAAGAAAGAAAAUGAAUUCCCUAAACAACGAUAACCAGGAUUUAAUUAAUCGGCCAAUUAUCAAUGAUUCCGAUGAAUUUUCUUCCGCUACAAGGAACAAUAAUUUAAAUCGAAAUGGUACCGGUUCGCUUGGAACGAUUUUUCUCAUCGUUAAUGCAACUUUAGGUGCUGGUCUCCUAAAUUUUCCUGAGGCUUUCGACAAAUCUGGUGGAAUUGCUACUGCAAUAAUUGUACAAUUAUUUUUCUUAAUUUUUAUCACAUCGGCCUUAGUUGUCCUCGCAAAUUGUAGCGACAUCACAGACACGUGUACAAUGCAAAAUACAUUUGCCGGACUUUGUGGACCAAAAUCAUUAAUUAUCUGUGGCGUUUGUGUGGCAAUUUACAGUUUUGGAUGCUGUUUGACAUUUCUCAUAAUUAUCGGUGAUCAAUUCGAUCGAGUUUUCGCCACUUUCUACGGAAUGGACUAUUGUCACAAUUGGUAUUUAUCGAGACCAUUUAUAACGAGUGUCACGGCUCUCGUGUUUAUUUUGCCACUUUCGUUUUUUAAACGUUUGGACGUUUUAAGCUAUGCGAGUUCCAUUGGAUGUUUGACAAUUAUCUAUGUCGUUUGGAUGGUUAUUUAUGAAUGUUUUAUUGACAAUAAAUUCUCGAAAAAAACAAUUCAUAUUUGGCCAGGAACUCUGACGGAACCGCUUCAAAUUGUUCCAAUAAUCUGCUUCGCUUAUCAGAGUCACAUGACGGCAAUACCAACGUAUGCCUGCAUGAAAGAAAGACAAUUAAGCAAAUUUAGCUGGUGUGCAAUAAUUAGUAUGAUUAUUUGUUUCUUCGCUUAUUCAAUUGUUGGAACUUUUGGAUACAUGACUUUCGGCGCCGGAAAUGUGCCUAGCGAUAUUUUACAAGGUUACACCGAUAAAAGUGCAACACUAACGAUAGCAAUAAUUGCCGUUGCUGUAAAAAAUUUCACGACAUAUCCAAUUGUAUUGUAUUGUGGACGAGACGCAUUUAUGGGACUAUUGGGCUGGGACAUUGAUACACAUGUCGUGUCACGAAUUAUUUUGACUCUAGUUUGGUUCUUUUUGACUUUGGUCAUUGCAAUUUUAGUGCCUGACAUUACGCCAGUUAUUAAUUUACUUGGUUCAUUGUCAGCGGCAUUUAUUUUCCUUUUCCCUGGAAUUUGCCUCCUCCAAAGUACAUUGAAGCGUGAUCCACAACUUUUUAUGAACAAAAAUCGUGUAAUGAUUUUUCUUUCUGUCAUAAUUACGGCACUCGGUGCAUUUGUCUGUGGAAUUGUUUUUGUUGAAGCGCUCCAGGAUCUUAUGAUGAGGCAAUCUUCUCUUAAGAAAACUCUCGUUUCCAGUCUCAGAAUCUCAUUAGGCAAAAGUUUAUGCGUUUAAAAUCGUCGUGUUAGAUUCCUAUUAUAAUAUUUUUGAAUUUUAAUAUAUAUAGUACUUUUUGGUUUUACUAAUAUUUUUAUUGAUAUUUAUGACCACGUUUACGAUAUUAGAUUCGCCAAAUUGUAUUUUCAAAAUCUGAUGCCAGAUAGUGAUUAGAUUUUUAAAAUCUGUCUAUUAAAGAAUCGACAAAAAUGUGAAAAUUAAUAACGCAGCCUAAUCUAUUUUUUUGUUACUUUUUCCAAAUUAUGUAUAUUAUGUACUAUUUUAUGCGAAAGGAAAUUUUUUAUUUUUCUAAGUCCGUUUAUAUUGCAAAACAAAAAAUUAAAUACAUACUUAUUUUGUGUAACAGAGAAGGCUUUUCUGUUUAAAAUAAAAUUGAGCAAAUAAAAUAUCUCAUAACUUU